AUGCGUUCAAACAGCGACGAAUUAACCUUUGAUUUCGCACCCUUUAUCCGUCUCUACAAGAAUGGUCGAAUCGAAAGGCUUAUAGGGACUGAAAUCGUCCCCCCAACUACUUACAAUCCUCAAACCGGUGUUUCUUCCAAGGACAUCAUCAUCAUACCUGGAACCGGCGUCUCAGCAAGACUUUUUCUCCCAAAAAUCAUCGAUUCUUCCACUCAAAAGCUUCCACUCCUCUUCUACAUCCACGGUGGAGCCUUCUGCAUCGAUUCACCCUUCUCCCCUACAUACGACCGUUACGUAUCCUCUCUAGUGGCCGAAGCUAACGUAGUUGCAGUGUCUGUGCACUACAGAAGAGCCCCUGAGUACCCUGUCCCCAUAGCUUUCGACGAUUCAUGGGCUGCACUUCAAUGGAUCGCUUCCCAUUCUAAGGGGAAAGGCCCCGAGUUAUGGUUGAAUGAGUACGCUGAUCUGAGCAAAAUCUCUAUGGUUGGAGACAGCGCCGGCGCUACCAUAGCCCAUAAUAUGGCUAUACGGGCGGCGGAGACACCACUUGAGGGGUUGGGAUUUGUUGGAUUGGGUUUAAUACAUCCUUUCUUUUAUCAUGAAGAGCCGGUGGGUCCGGAGGUGAGUGAUGAAGAGAAGAAGACUAAAGCUUCUAAGUUGUGGAUGGUUAUGUGUCCUUCUAGUAUUGGUUGCAAUGACCCUUUGAUCAAUCCUGCAGCUUGUGACAAUCUCAAGGGACUGGUGUGCAAGCGAGUGGUAAUAUGUAUUGCUGAGAAGGAUAGGUUGAUAGGUGGGGGUGUUUUUUACUAUGAGACUUUGAGAAAGAGUGGGUGGAAAGGAGAGGUGGAGUUGAUGGAGGCACAAGGGGAAGACCAUGUGUUCCAUCUCUUUAAUCCUACCAACCAGAAAGCUUUGGCCAUGAAGACCCGUUUGGCUUCUUUGCUCAACAACUGA